AUUGCCGAAAAGAGGGUCGGCCCUGUACAGGUGCAUAUCCGCUUAUGCCAAUUUUCGGUGCGGCCGAACCUCUCGCUUUUUCUCUCUGCAAUUUGGCGGAGUACAAUGUAAAAUGGCAACAAAGAGAACGCGCAUUUUUUUUCUCCUUUUUUUUUAGAUGUAAUCCUGAAGCCAGUCGUUCUACAUAAAGACAUCAUAUCGGUUGUCACGUGUAUCUUUUAAAUGGCGAUUUCUUGAAAAUUGUCACGCGGUCUUUCUUAAGUCUAAUUUUGAGCGAAACGAAAUGCGCAUGCCUGACCGGGUUGUGCUAUAUCUAGGCGUGCAAGGGACGCGAUCGAUGCCAAAAGACGCCGUGCCGCGUCGUUUUCCGACCAGGUAACACUGUCAGAAUGAACUGCGAGCUCUUAUAACAGAUCCGACACCUUUUGACACGACCUUCUCCCUUGACACCGCGAAAGUUCGCCCCGAUUAGUCGAAACCUCGGUCGAGUCGUCGCCGCACCAUGAGCACGCGGGUCACCAGCACUCUCCAGGUGGAACCUCCACCAAAGAUUAUUUAAUGUCAAUCCGGAGACCAUGAAGAGGGCUGCCGACAUGCAGUCUCCGAAGCAACGGGUCUUUCGAAAGACUUCGGAGUUUCACAAUACUUACAUGUCAAAGGACGAGGACGACAGUUUGAAACGCGAGAGCGACGAGGACAGCGGCUUCGAGCCGAGCGGCCUCGACGACCUGACGGACCUGGACAGCAGAAGCGCCGUGGAAGACGAGACCUCGUCGGAGAACGGCUUUCUGAAAGAAGAGGAAUUAGUCCAGCACAUUUUAUCCCUCGUCCCCCCCGAAAACGCGGAACAAGCUCGCAAAGACGCUCACGAGGCCUUCGGAAUCCUCCCAGAGUUCCUGAAGAACGCGACGAAAGGGGCCCUAAGGACCGGGGACUGCGGCAGGUCGCAAGCCGAAAGACCACCCUGGCUAGACCUGGAUAAAUUCCACAGGGGUCAAAAAUUCGCCAGGGAUCACUUCUUCGGGGUCUUCUACUCGCAGCUGCUCUCCCUCUUCGUCCUCUUCUCUUUCGCCGAGGGGCUGAAACCCAUGAUCAUCACCGGCAAGUCCAGCACGCCUUUCGCGGCGUUCAAGAGGUACUUGUCGACGGGCAUCCGGGUGAGGAACUGGUACACGGAGGACCCUUGGACCGAGGGAACCUCGGCGUACAAGGACAUCAGGGUUGUCCGACAAAUGCAUAGAACGGUCAGGGAGAGGAUAAACAAGUCGAGCUAUGAAGAGGUCGACCAGGCCACCAGGAUACCCAAUGCCUGGUGCCCUGCCAGGGAGUCCUUGUUAGAAGACUUUCGAUACACCUGUCCUGCACCUGCUCCAGGACAGUGCUGGUACAUGACCAACAGUGCCAGGUUGACGGGGAUUAACCAGACGGACAUGGCGAUCACCCAGUUCGGCUUCCUGGGACUGGUAAUACUGCAUCCACAGCGAUUCGGUAUACACUACGCCUCCGACGAGGACCUGGAGGCUUUCUGCCACCUCUGGAGAGGACUCGGGUACCUCCUAGGGAUCGAGGACGAGUACAACUUCUGCAGAGGUAAUCUUCAAGAUGUGCAGCAGCGUUCGCGGGAUCUCAUCGAGUUUUGGGUGAAACCGAAUUUGAGAAACGUCAUACCCGAAUGGGAGCACCUGAUGAGGUGCGUUGUCGAAGGGGUGCGAUAUUAUUUCCCCGGAUCCAGCUUCGAGAUUGCAUUGUACUACCUCACGGACGUACUUGAACUGCACAUGCCCAGAUUGUACGCCUCCAUGUCUUAUCGGUCAUGCAUCAGGCUAUUCAUCCUGAAGGUCAUGUUCAGUUUCGCCAGCAGGUUUAGGCGUGUUCAGAAUUUUUUAAACCGGUGGCUGAACGAUGCUAUUGAUCGAGCUAUGAAUUUUACCAAUGAAGAGCUGGAGGAGCGACGAGAGCGAUCGGCUAAUUCGGUUUUGGAGAAGUCCUUUUAUAGCUCGUCCGAAAAGGCUGGUGACGAGUGUUUUUACGAGAAUUUCAUCUCUUCGGCCUCUUCUUCGUCCCUUGGCGUGCCUUUGGUGUCCUCGAAUAACUAACUGCAGGAACAGGACGCCGUAGUUUAAGAAAAAUCCUGCGAAAGGAACGUUCACGAAAUUUUUCAACCUAAUACGGGACGAAUAACGAGAACUGUGAUAAAAUAAAUGGUACUUAAUUCCUUGCGCAAGGAUAAGAUUUAUGAGCGAAUUAUUAAAAAUAUAUGGACGUUC